AUGGAAACGGUGCAAACCACCUCCUUAGCAUUCACUGGAAUUGUCAUCAUUCUCCUUUCCAUGGCCAUCACCGUUCAAGCUUCCGACACCAAGCCCAUGUCGUCAGGCAUCAUGUUGGAAGCAUGCAAGAAUGUCUCGAGUGACUUCUUCAAGGUGCGCUCCACAUAUGACUUUUGUGUAUCAAUGCUCCAGUCAGACAAACGAAGCACCGACGCGAAGGACUGCCGCAUCCUAGCUCUCGUGGCCGUCGACGCCAUGAAGCCCCAAGCCACGGCCGUGAUGGCCAAGGUUGAUAACUUGAUCCAUGGUGCCACCAAGGACAAGCUCGCGACUCGCGCCCUUGGGUUCUACCGAGUGGACUACAGUGGCAUGGUGAGCACCCUCGAAAUCUGCCAUGAUAUCAUCCAGAACUUUGAGGUUCGUAAAGGCAAUGAAGGUCCGACACCCUACGACAUGCCUGAUUGCAUUGCGAAAACAACCAAAGCCCUCAACGAUUGCGCUAACAAAACAGAGUUUACGUCGGUUUCAGAAGGGCUAUCAAAGGAAUAUGAGGAGUUAUCUAUGAUGAUCAGCCUCAGCAGCUCUUUGCUACAUCUCUACAUCACAUCACCCUGA